CAGAAAAACACUUUCAGCACAAUAGGGGAAGCAUACUGGUGCUCCUAGGCGCUAAGAGCUGGCAACAACAUAAACAACAAUGUAGGAGCAAAAGCAAAAUGACUGGACCACAGGACAUUUGAAAAAACAAGGAGAAUUUAGUACAAAAUUCCUACUAAGACAGUUGGGUUUCUUACUGCGAGUUUCAUUACAGGUGAUCUGCAUUUACUGGGGACUAUACCAACCUGCGCUUGAGUGGAAUGAGGAUUUGAGAGCAGAUUGGGGGAGGCGUUCGCAACUGAGUUCAGAACUCAUUCCAGGUAACCUUGUCAACCAUCUGCCGGUCAGGAUCCAUGCAACGGAGCUGAAGGAAGAGACCGAGGAGUCAGAAAGAAUCAAAACGGUUGAUAUUUGUAGUCCCGUCGAAGGGCUUCCAGCACAUAAAGAGCAUGCAAAGGUGAAGGACAAGCCUGGAGAGCAAAAUGAAAGAGCCCACGCUAUCACUCCUCAGCCGUGGAUGUGCUCAAGUUGUAAAGACUGAGGUUCACAAUGACCAGGGGAAAUUGGAGGUUUAUUUUGAACCAGAGGAUUAUUUCAAUUGGAAAUCCCAGCAAGAUUAUAUCCGGUUACCCCAAAUUGUAAACCGGCGUGAUUUAUUUAAUCCAGAGUGUUACGUGCCUGAACCAGCACCCCCUAAAACAUACAGCACGAGGAAAGGGCCUCUUAUCCUGUACUCGGAGGACUUGGCCCUGUCAUCAUGGCAUCCUGGAGGGCAAGGCAGGAAGAGGAAAGGCCUGCAUGGCCAUGGGCGGUAUGGACGAGAUAUGGAACUGCAGCUUCAUACCCUAAGGGACCUGACGGGAGCCAUCUUGGCAUAUGGGAACAAACAGGAACGUCAGCACGAGGUCCAGCCUUUCCUCCACUUCCUUAGUGAGGAGCCGGGGGACAGGCAAAUCCGCCCAGGCUACUCUACCAAGAGGUACCUGGCCUUCCUCUCCCAGACCUGGGACCCCAACACCAUGCACAAGCUCGGAGACACAGGAAGUAUCCGUGACCCCUUCUCCUAUCCAGAGAACUCAGGAAACUACAAUUACCAGUAUGAGCUCUCCACUGCUCCCAGGCCCUAUAAAGCACUCCCAGGAUGCCUACCAACCCUUGAGACAGUUCAUGAGGGUUAUCCAUGCUGGCAAGACAGUGAGGGUCUGCCUAAACCUGGGCAAACCAAGCCUCUGCCAAAAUCCAGAAGAAAUAAAGGCAUGCUUUUGGAAGAGCAGAAGAUGGAAAAUCUGCCGAAGAGGAGAGAGAACAGUCUUCUGAUCCCGGGGCCCCGCAUAGGGAUGAGCCCUGUCCCCGAGAGUGAGACCGAACCCACAAACCAGGAAGAGAGAGCCCACAAUGCUAAUGAGAAUCAGGCUUCUGGUGUCCAGGUUUCUCAGGCCAAGGUAUUUGAAUGGAACCCAGUGAGUCAGAAGCUCUACAAGGACAGCCAGGCCUCUCUGAGGCAGACUAGCAUUGACUCCUCCUGGCUCCACUGUGAGAGAUCACACGCCACCUAUUAUGGGGGCACUUUGGUUGGCGGGAGGAAAAGCACCAGCACAAAACCAGGCCGGUCUGAGCAGAAAGAAGGAAAAGAGACGACUCUUCACGACUCUUGCUAUGCCGAAGUACAUCUCCCACCUGUUCCAUCGGGCAUGCUGUUUGGACUUGGCCCAGACAAGGAGACAGCAGAAGAGACAGAUCCACUGAAGGAAUCCGUACCUGAGAUACUGAACCUGCCGUCCCUAGUUGAGGCUGCCGGGGCUCACAGGCCACCAAGAAAGAAACAGCAUGAGACAGAGCUUCCCAAAGAGCUUCUCAUCCUUCCCUUACUGCUGCAAAGGAACGACAGACAGAGAAUACACUUCAAUCCAGGUGUUUUGGAUCAUGAGAAUAACAGAGAGACAGAACCAGCUGACCCUUCUAGAAACUAUGAAAAGGAAAUGGAGGCGAGAGCUGAGGGCCCAGCAGCAGAGAAGGCAACCAGGACAACCCUGUUUCCUGUGCUGAGACCCAAAGAGAUAGGCCUGGAGUGGAGUGGGAUGGGAACCACAGAGAACAUGGACACAGAAGUCAGUCAUGAUCACGCAGAAGAGAACCUCGCUUGCCUGGCUGGUGGUCCCAUGUUGGGGCUUCUGCCUCCUAUCAUUGGUAGGAAGGGUCCUGGUCACCAGAGCAGCAUGGCCUGUUUCAAAGCAAACAGCAAAGACUCCAAAGAUAUCCCCACAGGCGUCAUUAGGGGUAGUUUACCAGAGGAGCUGAGAGAAUGCUACAAAGGCAGUUCAGUGGGCAGCCUCAUCAUGGGUCCUGAUGGGCAAAUCAUCCGUUUAUCUCUUCUGGGACACAUUCCAGAUUACGGCGUAGGACUACACCUUGAUGACAUCACUCAAAAUGGAGGGCUCGGAACCCUGGGCCCUGGUGUCAGCAUGGAGCAGCCGUGGACAAGAUUCCUACAACAAGACGGAGGGAUGCCUGGUUUUGGAGAGAAAGCCAUGGAUAGUGACACAGAUCCUAACCUGGCCCAUCUGAACUCCACACACAUGGGCCUGAACAGCAAGAAGAAUAAAAUAAUAAAUGGGGGCCAAAACAAAACAGGUUUCAAGUCUGAUGCUGGCAGCUCUGAUUCAGAAUUAGACUCAAGCCUGGAGCAGGGAGGUAGAAAUGAGGCUGAUCAUCUGGAUGCUGAUAAAAGCAAGCGCAAAGCCUCAAAGCGAGCACUGAGAAGAGGCACAUUACCUGACAGCAAGGAUGAAGAAUACCAACGCCACCUCCAGGGCACAGCCACCACAGCGGGGACCUCCAGUACCCAUCCACUCCGAAGUUGCUCCCCAUCCACAGGCAGAGGGAGGACAGGGCCUGGCACUUCACCAUUAGAAAGCUGGAGACAUCUGGAGUCCAGCACCACAGCUGGAUCUCCUCCACAAAGAAGGAAAAACAGCAAAUCUAAGAAGAAGAUUUCGUCUCAGAGCAAAGACAGGCUCUCCAAUGAAGCAGCAGGAGCAAAAGCUUCUGGGAAGGAGCAGAUGACUGAGGAGGAGGAGGAGGAGGAGGAGAGAUUCUUGAGUAAGCAGGCAGCAGGGCUCUACACUGGGAACGCUGGGAGUAGUACGAAAACAAGGGGAGGUAAAGGAGACAAAGGAAAGAAGAAACUGAAAAAGGGCUCUGAAAAUGAAACUGGGGCUUCUUUAAAAAAGAACAAAAAAUCUAAAGGAAGUGGGCUGGAGGGCCGUGCUGAGUUUGUCGUGGGGAAACCUCGAGAGAAACGAGCUGAAGGAAAAAGUGGCACAGCUUCCAUCCUGAAAAAGAAACAUCCAGACAUGGUUCCGAACAUCGUCAUAGAGGAAGAGUCGGAUGAGGAGUGUCUGUCUGAAGAUGGGGUGGCGGGUGGGAAAAAGAGUCAAAGAAAUGCUGGGAAAAAGAGCAGAAAAGCUGGUGAAGAGUAUGCAGCAGAACAUGGUGCAGAUGUGGAAUAUGAAGAGGGGUUGUUUAGCUCAGAAGAACGGGGGUCCCAUGAGAGGGACACUCCAUCCAGCGAGAGAGGCACUCCAGUCUGCCAUCUCUCUCAGCCCACUGGGGGCAUGGCCACCUCCAAAACCUCCGUCAUCAUUCGGGUUGCCACAGGAAUGGAACGCUGUGGGACAACAGAUGUCUCAGACAUGAAUAGUGCGGUUGGCAGCAGUGAGACUGGGUCUUCAGUGCGCUCAGCCCGGGACCAGCUCCAAGCAGAGCGGGCAGAGAACCGACGACAGGGAGUGGACCGGAAGAGACGGGAGCGAGAGGAGCAGAAGAAGAGGGAGCAGGAGCAGCAGGAGAGGGAGGAGAUGAUGAGACAGGAGCUGGAGGAGGAGCAGCAGUGCAGAGCCCAGGAGAUCAAUUUCUAUAGAAGCAACAAUGAAUCAAUUAGGAAGUCUAUCAUUUUCCAUCCCCAGUUUGAGCCUGUAGGUGGCUCGGAGCUGACACAGUGCUGUUCGUUGUGGUUGGUGUGCAGGUUGAAGAAGCAGCAGCAGGAAGAGGAGAGGCGGCAGCAGGAGGAGGAGGAGAGGAGCAGGCUGAAGAGAGAGCAGGCAGAGCGGGAGAGACAGCGCAAGCAGCAGGAGGACUACCGCAGGAAACUGCAGCAGCUGCAGAGGAACCGACAACAGAUAGAGGCUGAGAGAGCAGCGGAGACUGAGCGUAGGCAAAGAGAGGAGGAGCAGAGGCAGGUGGAGGAGCAGAGGCUGCUGCUGGAGAUGGACGAGAGCGAGAGGCAGGAGUACCUGAGGCGCAAGAAGGAGGAAGAGCAGCAGAAGAGGCAGGAGAUGGAGGAGAGGCAGAGGCAAGCCGAGAAUCAGGCCAGGAGGGGGCUGACCGAGGCUCGGUGGCAGGCAGAGCUGUUCACCAGGGAGAGGGCUAUCCUGGAGCAGAACCUCCGCUUUCAAAGAGGCCUGCUGAGCGAGGCAGAGGGGCUGGAGAGGAUGCAGGACCUCUCCCGGCCCUGGGUCUACUCCUACUUCCAGCUACUGGAGAUGCUGGGGCUGCAGGCCACCCCAGAGGGAGUGCCGGAGGAGGCAUGAACCUGGACCAGCAUCCUGCUGCGAUACCAUAUACCAAAACUGGGGCAGCAGAGUGGUCUCACUGAUCUGCAUCUCUUGUCUGGUUUAAACCUGUCUUCUACUUAGUUAUUCUGGAGGAAGCAGUUUAAUUCCCUCCAACAUGCACACAUUUUUGUGUUACAAUUUCUAGUACGGUUACAAAGUACAGUUCCAAAAUAUUUAUUCAGAUUUAGUAACCCAGAUAUGCUAAAUGAUCAUAUUUUAAUUGCUAUUUAUUGUCAGAGGCACUGGGAAUGUACUUUGUUUGGGACAGACUUCUUUUUUUAUUAAAAAGGAAACUAUAUUUUGCAGACCUCUGUAUUAUUGCCUUUGCUACAUACAGUUGUAAUUAAAAGUUUACAUACCCCAAUAGAAAUUUAUAAUUUUUAGCAAUUUCUA